ACAGCUUUAAGCGUGUGCUUUGGGUUUGGAGGAGACCUUGUCAGCAUAUCGGAUGAAAAAGAGUUGGAUUUUGUUUACAAACUGUCUUUCAAGGACACAAGCGAUCCCGUUUGGAUUGGAUUGGCCUAUUGGUUUCAGAAGAGUACAUAUUUUUGGAGCAAUGGGACAUCAUUUAACAAUUCUGUUUCGCAGAGUUGGUUCGGCAGCAUUCCAAGUAAUGUAUCUGAGAAUAAGUGCGUCGAAAUCUCGAGAAAUGGUUCGAACAUCACUGACUGUUGCAAGAAAAAUCCACGUUUCAUCUGCGAGAGAGCCAAAGGUGAGUUGUCCCCAUGGGGAACUCUGCUUAAAAAUGACGGGAUGCUCGUCGUACCUUGAGUCGGUAAAAUUUGUGAUCACUUAAGGGUCGGUAAGGGUACUCAGCAUGAAAAUGAAGAGAGCUAUUCAUUGAUAAAAAAAAAAAUUGGCUUUUAAUUGCUAUUGAAAAUUGUCACCACCAGUUAUUAUAUUUUUUCCUAAAAUUUGUUCCUUUUAAGUGUACAAAUGCAUUUAAACCAUACUCACAAUACGAGAUUUUGGAACCUUUCAAGGGUUGAAAUUUUUCAUUAUUCUUAAAGGGGUCAGCAGCCCCGACGAAGUUGUUUCAGUGACUUAAGGAGGCAGGAUUAGAUUUGAUAAAAAUUUGGCUAAAUAUAUUGCAUCCUUUGCUUUCUUUCCUUUUUACUACACUGUCCAAUGAUUUGUCUGUGGAUUAUGGGUCAUCCAGGUGAGGGAAUUCCUGCAUAUGACUGUCGAAAAAUCAAAUUGAAAAGCAACACUUAGGUUUAAAGUCCUCACAGCUAAUAACUUCAAGGCUUUAUUGAAAAAUCAGGUCAACCAUCAACUGACAAUACACAAAGGUAACAACCCUAUCCAAGACUACACCCUGGGGGAGGUACUUUAAGAAUAUUUAUGGAGGGGUGUGCCCAUGGAAACCCGGAACACUUAACCUAUACCAGACCUAGUUCAACUGAGUUUUGCUACCCUAUACAAGACUUACCUCCCGAAACCCCUCCCUAUCCUAGAGUCACUAAUUUUCCAGAAUUAACUUAGUUCGACACUUUCUUUGCUAUUAAACUGAGUUUCGGGUAAAUUUAGUUUUUCCGAUUAAUUGUUUCAAUUUCCGGUUUCCCUUGUCUAGAUUAAAAUCUUUAUACAAUUGGUCCGCUUCGUGGAAAAUGAUAGUAUUACCAUAUUCCAGACCCAAACCCUCUGAUUUGUAAUAACUACCCUUUUGCAGACUAAAUUGCACGGUGGUACAUAGCUGUAUAACCCAUAUAUGGCAGUACUCCCCCCCCUCCCCGGGGGGUACUACUGUAACACAUGACAUGACAUUUGGGUUCAAAUCAGCUACUCUUUAUCUGUCCUAUGAAUUAGGUCCAUUGGCCUGUUCUGCUGAUGGGUUUCUUAAUGGGUUGUCUUGCUACAAAGAAAACAAUAAAGAUACCUGGACAGGUGCAAAACAAGAAUGUAUUGAUUCC